AUGGCGGAUUUUCGGCCGUCGUGGACGGUCAAAGAACAUGUCAUUGCAGCAUCACAUCCCAGGGGAUACCGAAGAGGAGUGCGCGAUCCACAGAAGUCUCGCUUGCGACUCCAUGUGAAACAAUAUGUACCCGUUACACCGAAAGAGCGGUCGGUCGAUGAUUACGCCAUAACACUGAUCGUGCAACACGGGCAGCCUCCCGGCGACAACAAGGAGUCGUACGAACCGUUCAUGUGGGAUCUGCUCUGUCAACCGGGACUACCUCCGGUGCGGGCGGUAUGGGCCAUGGACAUUGCUUCUUCCGGACAAUCGUUCCUGUUGAAUCAAGACGAGAUAGGCGAUGAACCACAUUGGUACGACGCUGCAAGAGACAUUACGCAGAUGGUCAAUCACUUCCAAGCCGAAAUGCGACCGCCACUGGUCGGGAUCGGCCAGAGCUGGGGAGGCGCCGUGCUUACGGUGGCGGCCGCUUUCAAUCCUCGACUCUUUCAAGGUCUGAUUUUGAGCGAGCCGAUUCUCGAGAACGGAUGGUAUCAUGUACAUGCCAGUUUGGAGAGCAAAGGCGAGAUCCUGGUUACAGGAGGUGCAGCGGCUCCGAGUCUGGCAAGGAGAAAGCGCCACUACGCCAGUCGCGCUGCCUUGACAGAAUCGGUCCAGCGCGCGAAGAUGUGGAAGGCAUACGAUCCACGAGUUCUGCAGCAGAUUCUGAGAUAUGACUACCGCGAUCUGGAAGAUGGUAGGGUGGAGUUGAUCACCCCGCCGGUCCAGACAGUAUCGUACUUCUUGCGGCCGUCACCGCCACUGUCUGGAUUUCCGGAGAACGAGGACUACGCCACGAGGGAUGAGGAUGCCAACUGGCCUCCUGGCUUCUACGCUGCGCAGGGUGCUGUCGCAAAGAAGGCACUGGCGACUCUGAACUGCCCGCUACUCUUCCUGUGGGAGACGAGAGGCACUUUUGUCAGCGACGAGGGUUACAGGCAGCGUGUCCUGGCGUCUGCUGAUGCCCUCGGUCGUCGAAAGAACCAGAUUGAGCAGAUAUAUGUGGACAGUGGGCAUUCGCUUGCGCUGUUCGCGCCCAGAAAGACCGCAGAGGCGGCGGCAACGUGGAUCGAGAAGUUCUGGCACCGUUGGCUUGACGGGGAGCGCCGGCGGCAGUUCGAUGCACCUGUCGAUGCUCAGAACGUACCUCCAGAGUUUGUGGAAAGGACCCAACGUGUGGACACAGCCACGGCCGAUUACGUGAAAAGGAAGCUGAAGCUCUGA